CGCCGGUCGCUGUAAAAAAUCUUCAUCCAAAUGGAGUUAAUCCGCAAUUUGCUGGCCAUAAGUAGUGCAAACUCCCGGCUAUGGUUGCCGGAUCACGCGUGAAAGAAAAUAAACUUCCCUGAUAAAAAACAAUCUUAAUCCUCAGUCUCCAUCUAUAUUCGAAGCCAACGGCAAAUAAAUUAAUAGGGUUUCCGUAAUUCCGAUAACGAAUUAUCUGUGAUCGAUAAGAAAAACGAAUUUAUUUGUGUUUGUAAAAAUAUGUAAAAUGGGUUGCGACGAUGAUAUAGUGAAGUGUUUAGUGUUUUGGGCUAAUUUUUUCCUCGCACUUGUCGGAAUAUCUGUAAUUUCCAUAGGAAUAGUUUACAAAGUAAAUCUCGAAGAAGUCACUUAUGUCAUACCUAAAGAUUAUCAUAAUAUAGUACUGAUCCCUGUACUUACUAUUCCUCUUGGUUCAGUCAUUAUCGCAGUUGCCGUUUUUGGUUGUUAUGGAUGUAUCACGGAAAAAACAAGUUUUUUGACUGUCUAUGGAGCGAUUCUGUUGUUGGUUUUCGGCUUACAAGUGGCUGUAGGUAUCUCAUCCUUCUUCCAAAUAAACGACAGGUGUCUGUUUGACCGACAAUUAAAUGAUACCUUAAAUGACGUAUUUAGUAACUAUCAAAUUUAUGAAAAUAAGGAGAUUGUUGACUUAAUUCAGCAUAGGCUCAGGUGUUGUGGAAUGAACGGACCCACGUACUGGACCGUAAUUCCUAGAAGUUGUUUUGAGACUGAUACGAAAAAUGUUUAUAAGGAACCCUGCCCUGCCCUGGUCUCAAAAUAUGUGAAUCACUGCCUUAGAAUCGUAGGAAUCAUGUCACUAACUCUUUCUAUUACCGAGAUAUCUGGUUCAAUCAUAUCACUAGCAUUUGCUAACUACCUCAAGAACAAUAAGAGACGAUAUCAGUGUGGGAAGGCAUAUUCAGUGUACCAUUUUGGGAAUGGAGUGAUUUGAUAUAAAUUUUAAUUUGAUGAGGGAAGCAGUGCAAUGUAUAGUAUGUGAAAUAUGGAUCCGUUCUUCCAAAAAUUUCAUGCAGUGGUUGGUCGUGUGAAGAAACGCGUUUUGUUUUUAUGUUUAGCUGUCAAAAAUCUAUUGAGAAAAUAAACUCAUGAUAUGAGCAGGAAAUUAACCAACCAACCAUGUUCUUCAAGGACAAAUACUCUUACCUCAAUUUCAGUUUCUGUAGGAAUUUGAAGGUUAUGUAAAUGUUCCAAAUAAAGCACAAACAAAUUCCAAAACAGAUAAAUUCCAAAUAAAAUUAAUUAAAGUAGUAUUUAAGAGAAAUAGUGCAAUCUAAUUUUUAUAUUAUUUUCCUGUAAAUAACUUAUUGUUAGCGUAGCAUAUUUGUUUAACACUCAUGGAGAUGUACAAAUAUUUGUAUGAAUAUGUGAUAUUUUAUGUUAUAGGUUUCCGAAUAAAUUAUUGUAGGUAUUUCACAAUA